GCUGAUAGGAACAACGGACACGAAUUUAUCAAAUACCUUACUAUCAGCCGAAACGACGUGAUUUUAUUUUAUUUUUCAUUUUUAAAUUUUUUCAUUUUUUAAUUUUUCCAUUAUGUUGUCGCGGUUUUUGUGCCUGUUUCUCGUGGUAAUUUUAGGCGUGUCGGCCGAUCAAAAAAAUGGAGAAUUGAAGAUUGACGUUGUUAGCGUGCCGGAAGGUUGUUCGGUGAAAUCGAAAAACGGUGACAUGCUGACCAUGCAUUACACUGGAACGUUGGCCGAUGGGACCAAGUUUGACUCAAGUUUUGACCGAGACCAGCCUUUCACUUUCCAAUUGGGCUCUGGACAGGUUAUUAAAGGAUGGGAUCAAGGUUUAGUCAACAUGUGUGUUGGUGAACGCCGUAAGUUGGUCAUCCCUCCAAAUCUUGGUUAUGGAGAUAGAGGAGCUGGUAACGUAAUUCCAGGAGGAGCUACUCUUCAUUUCGAUGUUGAAUUGAUCAACAUUGGCGACUCACCACCAACUACAAAUGUCUUCAAAGAAAUUGACACUGAUAAAAACAACCAGUUGACAAGGGAAGAGGUACGAACUUUUGUCAGUGAAUAUUUGAAGAAACAAAUGGUAACAGCCGAAGGAGCAAGUUCUGAUGAAAUUGCCAAUAUGUUAAAGGAUCAUGACAAAUUGGUAGAAGAAAUUUUCCAACACGAAGACAAAGAUAAAAAUGGUGUGAUAUCCCAUGAAGAAUUCAGUGGUCCAAAACACGAUGAGUUAUAAAGUUAAUUUAUAAGAUUAUUUUGUUCUAAUUAAAUUGUCUAUUUUAUUUGA